CACUUAUUUGGUUGGACCGAUCUUCUUUCUAUAAGAUUCCCUGUCGUCAUUUCGUAUUUGAUUUGAUCACUCAUUCUCUCAACCAUUUGAGUCACCCGAAGCACAUCUCUUUUUAUCUCUUCGCCAAGAAAACAAAAAGCAUAGCCUAACAGAACAGAAUCUAGUGAGCCAAAUCAAGAUGGUGACGCCAACUACAAUUAGAACCGUCGAUCUCCGCUCCGACACGGUGACUAAACCAACAGAGUCAAUGCGUUCAGCAAUGGCAAACGCGGAAGUAGACGACGACGUUUUGGGAAACGAUCCAACGGCUCUGCGUUUGGAGAAAGAGGUGGCUGAGAUCGCUGGAAAAGAGGCGGCGAUGUUUGUUCCGUCAGGGACAAUGGGGAAUCUGAUAAGCGUGUUGGUCCAUUGUGAUGAGAGAGGGAGUGAAGUGAUUCUUGGAGACGACUCUCACAUUCAUAUAUAUGAAAACGGCGGCGUUUCAAGCCUCGGUGGUGUGCAUCCGAGGACGGUGAAGAAUGAGGAAGACGGUACGAUGGAGAUUGGUGCUAUUGAAGCUGCCGUGAGGAGUCCCAAAGGAGAUCUCCAUCAUCCGGUUACUAAGCUUAUAUGUCUUGAGAAUACUCAAGCAAAUUGUGGAGGUAGAUGCCUUCCUAUAGAAUAUAUAGACAAAGUCGGAGAAUUAGCCAAGAAACAUGGUUUGAAGCUUCACAUUGACGGAGCUAGGAUUUUCAACGCUUCUGUGGCACUUGGAGUUCCCGUGAAGAGGAUUGUUCAAGCAGCUGAUUCUGUCUCGAUCUGUUUGUCGAAAGGUAUUGGUGCACCGGUCGGUUCGGUAAUCGUGGGAAGCAAGAAGUUCAUUACUAAAGCAAGGUGGUUAAGGAAAACAUUAGGCGGAGGAAUGAGACAGAUCGGCGUGCUCUGCGCCGCCGCAUUGGUGGCUCUCCAUGAAAACGUCGCCAAGCUCGAAGAUGACCAUAAGAAAGCCAGGGUUUUGGCAGAAGGACUGAACCGGAUUGAACGGUUAAGAGUGAACGUUGCAGCUGUGGAAACCAACAUCAUAUACGUAGACAUACCAGAAGAUCCAAAAUUUGGAGCAGAAGAGGCAUGUAAGAGCUUGGAAGAUGUCGGUGUGCUUGUCAUACCCCAAGCUACAUUCAGAAUCAGGAUUGUUCUACACCACCAAAUCUCAGACGUCGACGUGGAAUAUGUACUCUCUUGCUUUGAGAAAAUAUUUCACUCGUGAAGAGAAGAGAAGGCGUUAUUAUUUUAAGUAAUUUCACUCGUUGGACAUGUGUAAGGUUGUAUUUGAAUCUUCAUUCAGAAUAAGGUUGUAUUUGAAUCGAUUUUCUUGGUUUACAAAUGAAAACCUUUAACCAAGAAGUAGAAAACUCUUUCAUCAAAUUCACUUAUACAUAUAAAUAACCAAUUAUAACCCAAUAAUUUAUUCUUUAUAAUCCGAUUAUUCC